CCUGCCAACCUCCUCCCCCACCAUGUCGCACACCGACGAGGAGAAACCCUUUGACGGCAGCUCCGCUGCUGCCUCUCAGGAGGUCUUCGAGCGUCCCAAGGGAUGGCGCGGCUUCUACUCCCAUCCCACCACCCAGGUCUCCCUCCUGGGCUUCGUAUGCUUCAUGUGUCCCGGCAUGUACAACGCCCUCACCGGUCUCGGUGGUGGUGGUCAGGUUGACCCCCAGGUCAACGCCAACGCGACUGCCGCUCUCUACUCCACAUUUGCCUUCUUCGCGUUCUUCUCCGGAACCGUCAACAACAAGCUCGGCGCUAGGCUCACUCUCAUGCUCGGUACCUGGGGCUACACGCUCUACGUCGGCGCUUACCUCGCGUACAACAUCCACCCUAACGCUGGCGGCUUCGUCAUCGCUGCAGGCGCCAUCCUUGGUGUCUGCGCAUCCCUGCUCUGGACCGCGCAAGGCUCGCUCAUGAUGGGCUAUCCGACCGAGUCCCAGAAGGGAAUGUACAUCUCCAUCUUCUGGGCCAUCUUCAACCUCGGCGGCGUCGUCGGCUCCGCCGUCGCGUUCGGCUCCAACUUCGAGUCUGAGGCCAACGGCGUCGGCAACGGCACGUACAUAGGAUUCCUCAUUCUCACCCUCAUCGGCGUCGUCCUCCCGCUCGCGAUGGUUGACCCUGACAAGAUGAUCCGCACGGACGGCACGCGGGUGCUGAGAGUCAGCCACCCAUCGUGGACGGUCGAGUUCAAGAGUCUCUUCGUCGCGCUCUUCAGCGACCCCUGGAUUCUCCUCCUCUUCCCCAUGUUCUUCGCGUCGAACUACUUCUACACCUGGCAGUUCAACGAUUACAACGGCGCGCUGUUCAACAUCCGCGCCCGCGGUCUGAACAACUUCGUCUACUGGACGUCGCAGAUCUUCGGCUCGUGGAUGAUCGGCUACAUCGUGCUCGACUCGCAGCGGUUGCGCCGGCGCACGCGUGCCAUCAUCGGCUGGGGGAUCGUGUUCGCGCUCGUGUUCGUCGUGCACGGCUGGGCGUACACCUACCAGCGCACGUACACGCGCGCCCAAGAGGCGGAGGUGGGCGCGCCCAAGAUGGACAUCUACGACAAGGAGUACCCCGCGCACGUGUGGCUCAUGAUCUUCUACGGUCUCCUCGACUCGAUGUGGCAGACCAAUGUGUACUGGCUUAUGGGCGCCAUGUCGAACGACCCGAGCAAGCUCGCUGUGUUCACCGGAUUCUACAAGUCGAUCCAGUCCGCUGGUGCAGCUGGCGCGUGGCGCGCUGACGGUGUCGGUCUCCCGUACAUGAACAUCUUCGCGUCGACCUGGGCGCUCUCCGCGGCGGGCUUGCUCUUCGCGCUGCCCAUGAUCUUCAUGCGCGUCAAGGACCACACCGAGGACGAGGACGAGACCCUCCAGCACGUGCCCCAGGGGCACUAAGCUAACGCGCUCCUUACGCUUAGCGUCUCAGCGCAUAGGCCUUGUGGGCCGGUGCUUGUUUACUUUUGAGUGAGGGGAGGUGGUGCUGGUUAGGUUAGGUUAGGUAGGUAGGGGUGCACGGACGGUUCGGGCGCAUACGAUAUAGUGUGUACUGGACGGUGCACGGAAUAAUUCAGUUUUUCUUCUUCUUGUCUUUUGCUGCUUUUCGUUCGCUUCGCUUCGAUACCUUGGGUGUACUGUUGUAGUACUUUGGGACUUUCAAGCGUCUUCCUGCUCUUGCUCUUUUGUGCUUGUGCGAUGUUGUCAGUGACUUUGAAGAGGCUCGUUUUUACCGAACAUGUUUUGAUGAG